GGCAGAGUUCACCCAACGACAUCUCCGCGGCAUGAGGCAUGGAUCCUCCAACUCGGUCCCCUUGGUCGAUCUCCGAUUCUCGUCCUCGAAACGAAUUGGAUUGACUCCUCCUAAGCCUGGUUUCGGUCCCAUGGAACCUUCCAUUCGCUGACUGCUGGCUGAGAAUUCAGCAAUGCUGUCACGCCUUUUGCGAUACGAAAACGGUGGUCAAACAGCUGCACUUUAAGCUGUAUGCGGGGAUUUGCAAUUCGACUGCUUAUUGUUCCUUUGACAAGAAUUCUGCGAAAGACCCUACGUCUCUAAAACUGUGCAGUUGUUUCUCCUUUUCAGAGGGACCAGCUCCUGUGCAACGUCGUUGCGAGCCUCGUCUCGUUAGAAGCUGGCUUAAGCAUGCCGCCCAAUGCGCUUCACCAUGACUACCCGUGGACAUCUCCCGAUCUCCCCUUGGUCGUAUCCGCACCCAUGAUGAAAAUUACCAUGGGUCGUCUGGCAGUUUCUGUGUCCGCAAACGGCGGGAUUGGUUUCCUGGCAGGCGGAUUCGACCUGUCUUCCCUACUACAGAACCUCUCUGAAGCAGCGGAAUAUGCAAAAUCUACAAAUGUACAUCUCCACAACGGAUUGCUCCCAAUCGGCGUGGGUGUCCAGAACUGGGGCAGCUCUCUCCCACUUCUGACCCAGGCCCUCGAGAAACAUCCCGUCGCUGCGGUAUGGUUCUUCGCGCCCACCCACCUCAGCGAUCUCCUCGACUGGGCGAAAUCCAUCCGGCACCUCACCAACGAGCGCACCAAGAUCUGGGUCCAGGUCGGCACCGUGGCCGAGGCAAUCGAAGUCGCCAAGACGACGAAACCGGAUGUCUUGAUCGUGCAGGGUUCGGAUUCGGGCGGCCAUGGACUCGCGCAGCGGGCGAGUUUGCUCACGCUGUUACCCGAAGUGAUAGAUUCGUUUGAGAGGGAAGAGAUCGAUAUCCCGGUGCUUGCGGCCGGUGGGAUCAUGGACGGAAGAGGGGCCGCGGCGGCGUUGGCACUGGGCGCUGACGGCGUGUGUUUGGGCACGAGGUUUCUCGCAUGCGAGGAAGCGGUCAUCGCCAAGGGCUAUCAAGACGAAGUAUUGAGAGUUACCGACGGCGGCACAAGCACCGUCUCGACCACCAUUUACGACACCGUCAGAGGCAUUCACGGAUGGCCGCAGGCGUAUACUGGCCGAGGCGUGGUGAAUCGGACAUAUCUAGACGCAGUGCACGGCAUGGGGGAUAUGGAGAACGUAGAGCUGUACAACGAGGCGGUCAAGAUGGGCGAUGCAGGCUGGGGCCCGGAAGGGAGGAUGACCACCUACGCGGGCACGGGGAUAGGAUUGGUGAGAGAGAUCAUGUCGGCGGGGGACAUCGUGCGAAGUGUCCAGCAAGAAGCGAUCCAGGUUCUACAAAAGUCUGCCUCGAAAUACGGGAAGACGUGACGAAGAAUAUUUCUCCCUGUAUCUUCGGUAUGAAGGAUCGGUUGCAGACUAUUUGUUCGGCUGUUUCGUUUCGUCAUGCCAGGGCCUGUACCUCCAAGCCAUCAAGGCCCUGUCAGGCGUUGUUGCACUGUAUACAGAGUAUUUCCUCGGUGUGAAUAUCCCUUUAACGUAUUCUCUCAGCUCAAACAAAC